AUGGACCCUGUUGAGAGGGGGCCCCCUGGGGAAAUGGGGCCCCCUGAGACUCUUACGGGGGAUGAGGCCUCUAUGGAGAUGGGGGCCCCCAUGGAGAUGGGGGCCCCCAUGGAGAUGGGGGCCCCUAUGGAGAUGGGGGCCCCUGGGGCCCCUGAGGAGAUCGGUGCGCCUGAGACCCCCUGGGAGUUGGAGGCCCCUGCGGCUGGGGGGGCCCCUAAGGACAUGGGGGCCCCUGGGGCCCCUGGUGAGAUGGAGACACCUGGUGAGAGGGGGCCCCUCGGUGAGUUUGGGGGGGGGCGAGGCAGAGAGACACUCUACGUCGGGGAGACAGCCCCCACAGAGGAGACAGUCUCCCCUCUGAAGGAGACAGGCACCAGCAAGGAGACAGUCUGUGGAGAGGAGACAGCCCCCACAGAGGAGACACUCUGCACAGGGGACACAGCCCCCACAGAGGGGACCGGGUCUGGCGAGGAGACAGUCCCCACAGAGGAGACAGCCGCCACAGAGGGAGCUCUGUGUGGGGAGGAGACAGCCCCCGCAGAGGAGACAGUCCCCACAGAGGAGACAGUCCCCACAGAGGAGACAGCCCCCAGAGAGGCAGCUCUGUGUGGGGAGGAGACAGCCCCCAGAGAGGUAGCUCUGUGUGGGGAGGAGACAGUCCCCACAGAGGAGACAGCCCGCAGAGAGGGGGCCGUGUGUGGGGAGGAGACAGUCCCGGUAGCGGGGUCCGUGUGUGGGGAGGAGACAGCCCCGAGAGAGGAGACAGUGCAGCAUCGCAUAGAGGAGACAGUCUCUCUUAUGAAGGAGACAGUGGCCCGCGAGGGGACAGCACUGGGUCUGAAGGAGACAGUGUAUGUUUAG